AUGGCUAGGCUUGCUAAUACUGACGAAAUUAAAAAUAAAGGUUCGUUACUUUGGAUGUUUGGAUUAUUUGAAGGGCUUUUGCUUAUGUUCACACUCUUGUUUUUAGUUAUUAUGGCCUUCCCACAAAAUAUAAAUAUUGAAUCAUUUGUCAAUACACUCGCGCUGAUUUGGAACAUUGAGGUGGUAAAAAAUGUCACUCCAAGUCCACAAAAUGAUCCGUGUGCUAAACUGAAGAUGGAACCCUCUUUUUUCAAAAUAAAUUUACCCCGUGGCAUAACCGAACAAACUUUCACAACGGUUGAUCUAUGCCUCCCUUCUUAUAAAUCCGAAACGAACUAUCACAAUCCCUUUUAUAAUGAUCCACAAUUCAAAGAAACAGUUUCUCUUGUGCAAAAAAAGAUUGAAGACAAUCCAAAAGACAUAAUUGUGCUCGCUGGGGUUUCAGGAGGUGGAAAAACAUCGACAACAUUUGGAAUUGCUAUGGAACGUUGGUCAAUAUAUAUUGAUUUUUCUCCUACUGUGGGACAAUAUGGUAGCCAUGCGGGGGCAGAACUUGGAGAUAUCAGGACUAAACAACCAAAGUUCGAACAGUAUGAUCAGCAAGAUUAUGCAUACCGCAAGCUGAACACAAUAAUACUCUCACGUGGACUUUUACUUAUCAAGAUGAUUACUGAGAGAAAAAUUUUAACACCAAAGGAAUGGCUGUUUUUACAACUUAAAAUGAAUGAUUCUGAGAUCCGAGAUACUUUAGGUCCUAAAAAUUAUAACAAUCUUACUGUUGUUACACUUAUCAACAGGAUUAAUGCUUUUCUCAAAGUAGAUUAUCUAACCUUAAUAUUUGAUGAGGCGCAAAUCCUAUGUAGAUCUGAAUAUGGAGAAUAUCAAGGAAGUUCAAUUAAUGGUAAAAGAUGGAAUCUUUUGCAGGGUUACAUUGUACAUCUCACUCAACUUCCCGUUACCUGCCUUCUUGUUGGCACUUACAUGCAUAUGGCGAGCGGAAUUUCUCUCGUCACUAGUGUUGGAAAAGUUUCAAAUUUGUAUGCUCAUAUUGUGCUAAAGCUUCCCUUCCUCUCACACGAUGAUGUCCUGCGGAACCUUGAUGCCGUAAUUGACCUGACAGAUGUUACGCCUGAGAUUCGCGACUACUUGGG